CCCGGUCCUGGUCUUGGUCUUAGCCUUAGCUCAGCAAGCAAAAAGGAAGAAAAGGCAGGCACGCGCCCUGUAUGGCCCACAGAACUGAGCUCUGCGGCCAAUCAAAUUGCCUGGAGCGCACAUGGCCCCGGCGUCUCUUAGGCGUUUUCCGCGUUCUAACGUCUGCAUUCAACCACUGCUCCAUGCCCGACAUUGCCAAUUUUCUGCGAUCGACUCCGAAUCCCAAAAGCUUCCAUUGCUCAACGGCAAAUGUCAACCUUUGCGAUAUUCUGAGUAUCCAGUUAAUUUGCUGCAGGAUCCCUCAUUUUGCUUGGAUUUUCAGAGUCGCCCGGUUUUCUGCUAUGCAAUUGACUCUUUUGUGAAUUAUUCAUGCCCCGAACUUCUUCUCUGCCACCUCAACCACAAAUCUCAUAUACCCUCUUCCCAUUCUCCAGAUUUCACCUCGAGCUCCCCCGGGUUCCAUCGUCAUCGUCGGCGCUAUGCCGUGCGGCUCAAAAAGCUAAGAUCAGCCCUACGGAUCCGGGGAUGGGUGCCAAGUCAUGGGGGGUCUAUCACUGGACUUCUUCCGCCGGCCGUCGCACUUGGCUGCAGCUGCUGUGAGCUGACCACCAAUUUCCGGCUUGUAGCCAAAUCCAAGCGUGCCGUCUUCCCGCACUGCACCAGUCUUCUUCCGCCAUAUCUCUCCACCCACGCAUCAACAUGCAUCGCUUGCUUACCUACGCUUACUUAGUUUUCCCUUGUGGGGACCUCGAGAAGGCACCCGAGUCCUUGGUUCGCGAACCACAUCACAUGUUGGCCGUUUAUGAGUGAUUUGCUAUCCCAUGUUGAUCGCUGCUCAAGACUGUGCGACUGAGCACCUACCGUGAAAUCUGCAGAGCCAACCACAGUUCCGUGGUGUUACAUCAUUGAAAUUGGGUCUCACCACUUAUUCAGUCCACCGCUAUUUCACACGUUACGAUUGCUGUUGGCUGCAAAAGUUGCAGCCCUCUCUGCUGACUGACCGCAAUAUUAUAGUUUGCAUGGCUCUGCAGCAUGUCGGACUGCAACGCACUUCAGCCCCCAACUCAUUUACUGUGUACCUCUGGGACAGACAUGUGCCUACGCAGGAAUGCCGCUAGAAACCAAGGUUUUAGACCAUCACAGGAAUUUAAGUCAAUAAAUAGC